AUGUGUGCUGACGCGCGCAGGGCCUGACGGGAUCGCUCGCCGCCUUGGUAAUGUCCGCCAUGUUUGCCAUGGCGCAGGGAGCGGAUCGAGCCAACAAAGCCCGGAUCUAGGCACGAGGAGGCGCCGCCCGAGCCGCCGCAUUCCGCCCCUUCGCGCACCCCGGGGUCCCCAUGAGUCCACAGGGGACGUUACCGUGCGGCUCCGGCUGGUGUUUCUGACUGAGAUUUUUACGUGUUUUUUUUGUUAUUCCUCCCCCCUCCCCUGCGCGUCGGGUGUUUGUGUGAGACAAUGAGCAAACUCUCCUUCCGAGCGCGGGCGCUAGACGCCGCCAAACCUCUACCUAUCUACCGCGGCAACGACAUGCCCGACCUCAAUGACUGCGUCUCCAUCAACCGGGCCGUGCCGCAGAUGCCGACGGGGAUGGAAAAGGAGGAGGAAUCGGAACAUCACUUACAGCGAGCAAUCUCAGCACAACAAGUUUUCAGAGAGAAGAAAGAAAGCAUGGUCAUUCCAGUUCCUGAGGCCGAGAGCAAUGUACACUACUACAGUCGUCUGUACAAAGGGGAAUUUAAACAGCCCAAGCAGUUCAUUCACGUCCAACCUUUUAAUCUGGACUAUGAGCAGCCGGAUUAUGAUAUGGACUCUGAAGACGAGACAUUGCUUAACCGACUGAACAGGAAAAUGGAAAUCAAGCCACUGCAAUUUGAAAUUAUGAUUGACAGGCUGGAAAAGGCAAGCUCAAAUCAGCUUGUUACUCUCCAGGAAGCUAAGCUGCUGCUAAAUGAAGAUGAUUACUUAAUCAAAUCUGUAUAUGACUACUGGAUAAGAAAGCGGAAGAACUGCAGGGGGCCAUCCCUCAUUCCUCAAGUCAUGCAAGAGAAAAGAGAUGGUUCUUCAAAUAAUGACCCUUAUGUUGCUUUUCGACGAAGAACAGAGAAAAUGCAAACUCGAAAGAACCGAAAGAAUGAUGAAGCCUCCUAUGAGAAAAUGUUAAAGCUAAGAAGGGAGUUUAGCCGAGCCAUAACCAUUUUGGAAAUGAUCAAAAGGAGGGAAAAGACAAAACGGGAGUUGUUGCACUUAACGUUGGAAGUGGUGGAGAAAAGGUAUAAUUUGGGUGACUUUGGAGGUGAAAUACUAAAUGAAAUAAAGGUUCCAAAGGUUGAGAAAGAGAUCCAUGCCAUCCCACCAUCUCUGCAUAAUGGAAACCAUCACAAAAUACAAGAAUGCAAAAUCAAGAACACCCACCACCCCAAUGUGAAAGACGACAUCUUCGAAAUUGCACGCCUGAAAAAGAAGUAUCCAAAGAAGCCAAAAGCAGAAACCUUUGUAACUCCUCAACCCCAAGCCACCUCCGAGCCAUUGGCAGUAAUUAACAAGAGUGAUCUCAAACAAUAUGACUUCCAAAGCUCAGACGAUGACGAAUUCCCACAGGUACCCUCUCCGCUGUCAGAGCUUGAGGAAGAGAAUGACCCUGACGGAUCUUAUGCUUUCAGAAGGAAAGCUGGAUGCCAGUAUUAUGCACCUCGUUUGGACCAAAUGAAUGAUACACCGGAAACCACAGACUUAUCAGGAUUAGCAAGGCAUCGGUAUAGGCAUUGUCUCACGACCCUCACAGUGCCCAGGCGAUGUAUAGGAUUUGCCAGGAAGCGAUUAGGCAGAGGUGGAAGGGUUAUAAUGGACCGACUAUCGACAGAACAUGACUCUGUUCUAAAGCAAAUCGACCCUGAAAUGUUGUCUGGCUUUUCAAGCUCUUGCACCAUUGCACAGCCCCCCUCCUCACCUUCACGGACCAAUGCUUCCGAUAGACUUUGUGAAAACAGACUUUCUCUUCCCGAGAUCCUAAGCAAUAUUAAAUCUUGUCGACUGCAGUGUUUUCAGCCAAGGCUACUACAUACACAGGACAACGAUAGAGAAGAAUGUACCUCAAGGCUAGGGCAAGCUGUGAACUUGAAAAGAGUCUCUGCCUCUUUAUUAAACACCAGCAAGAACGGCAUAACAGUGACAGGAGGCAUCACAGAGGAACAAUUCCAGACACACCAACAGCAGCUGGUUCAAAUGCAAAAGCAACAGCUGGCACAGCUCCAGCAAAAACAACAGUCACAGCAGUCCUUGCAGCAGAGCCAUCCGAAAGCACAGGGCUCGUGCAAUUCCGACUGCAUGUCCAAGACGCUUGACUCAGCAAGUGCCCUUUUUGCAGCAUCUGCUGUGGUCAAUUCCCCUACUCCAGGCCGCAGUGAAGUGAGCAAGGAUCAAAAUGCCGGUCACAGCAACCUGAAUGGCGUUGUACAACCUUCAGGUACUGCUAAAACGCUGUACUCCACAAAUAUGGCUUUAUCAUCCAGCCCAGGGAUUUCCACCGUUCAGCUUGUAAGGACAGUUGGCCAUCCUAGCACUAACCACUUAAUUCCAACAUUGUGCACAAGCAACCCUCAGACCCUUACUAUGGGCAAUUCUUGCCUAGCAAACACAGUCCACCUCAACAAUGUCAGUGUUGUGUCCCCUGUCAAUGUUCAUCUCAAUACAAGGACUUCUGCACCAUCGCCAACAGCCUUAAAACUUGCCACAGUCGCUGCCAGCAUGGACCGAGUGCCAAAGGUUACUCCCAGCAGUGCCAUCAGCAGCAUAGCCAGAGAAAACCAUGAACCAGAAAGAUUGGGUUUAAAUGGAAUCGCAGACAACACAGUAGCUAUGGAAGUGACAUAACUCUCAACCUAUGGACUUGGCCUGACAUUUUUAGGCGUUUGUUUUCCAACAAAAUGCAAAUUAUUUAUAUAUAUAUAUAUAUAUAUAAAUAUACAACGUUCUGCGAAUCACAGUGCGCUAAUAAGGACCUAAACGGACUGUCAGCGUAUAGGGCCAUUCCUCCCAUACGCCAUGUACAUUUUGUAAAAAAAAAAUUAAAAAAAAAAAUCACUACCUUGUAAAAUAGUUUAUUUGUAUCAUCGAUAUUAUUUCUGUUACUUGAAUAGUAGAUAUUCAUCAUCAUCAUGCUUUUGCACUUGAAUUUGCAACUGAAUUGAUAUAAAACAGGAAAAAAAUAGACAAAAACAUUAAAAAAAAAAAAAAGAAAUCUUUUACCGGGAUCAUGAGCAUGAAGUGGGAUCCUGUAUCACUUGUUUUAACUAUUUAUUUUGCCAUGUUUACAUUUUGUAUCUUGUACAAAGAAAUGCGACUUUGUGUCUACAGAAGCGCGUGCGAGAGAAAAAAAACAGAUUCGUAGCUAGGAAAAAAAUGAAAUUCUUGUAAUUCUUUUCUAAAGGAAAUUGUAAAGUUUUCACUCGGUUCAUUUUGUUUCACAAUUUGACUUAUUACAAACGUUUUUUGGUAAAUAAUUUAGCAGCAUUUCACUGUCAGAAUAUGAAGUUCGAGACAAAAAUAGUAUUUUCUAUUACUGUGCUGGGGGGGGGGAGGGAUGGAUCGAUAAUUAAAAAGAAAGAAAAAAAGUACAUACCGACUCACUUUUCCGUAUAUUUUGAAUGUAUAUUUCUAUUUAUAAGAUCAGUUUAUAUUAGUCUAUGGGGGGGUGAGAAAUGAUGCAUCUGGCGCACAGUCCGUGCAGACACACGCAAUGAUUUUUUUUCCCAGACAUUUUAUCAGAAAAAAAAAUGCAUAUUUUAUCCAACACCCAAAGUAAAAGAGUAUUUUACCAGUUCUGUAUUGCAUUCUAUACCAUUGCAAUAAUUAUUGCAUUUCCAAUAUCGAGCCAUCCCUGGUGGAGGGAGGGGGGUUGGGGGGGCAGUUGCUAUGGUUGUCUUACCAAUUGGGAUAAUUUUCCUGUAGCUGCAAGGCAAGUAACGGGUCUGAAAUAGUCUGACUAAUCGUUGGACACGUUAGUAGUGUUGGUAGUGGUUUGUUUGUUUUUUUUGGCUUUUUUUUUUUUUUUUUUUUUACAUUUUUUUGUAUUUUUUUAUACUGUUCCUGUAAAUUAGAUACGUGUAGUGCCGUUUCUCAGAGUGUUCCUUAAUGCACUAGUCCAGACAACUUUCCCUGUUACUUGUUCUUGAUAAGUGAAAAACUGCAGGGAAAUAAAAUACAUAUCAAAACACUGAA